CCACCCACUGUCGGUGUCAUCUCUCCUCCUCUCGUCUAUAUAUUCCUAGACUUCCAAAACCUUCUCACAGAGCGAGCGAGAGAGAGAGAGAGAGAGAGAGAGAGAGAGAGAGAGAGAGAGAGUUGGGAAGCUUCAAUGGCAUUGAUAGGUUUCUUGGGGAUAUUCUUGGCCGGGAUUUGCUUUGCGGUCCUUCGUCUCCUCAGCAAAAGCGAUGAUGGGUUCCCCAGGAAGUGGCCGUUCGUGGGGAUGCUACCAGCGCUCUUGCUCAACCUGAGCCACUUCCACGACUGGGCCACCGGCGUUGUUGAGCGGAGCCAUGGCAACUUCUUCUUCCGGUUCCCCUGGUUUUCCGGCAUGGACAUGCUGGUCACUGCUGAUCCUGCCAACGUCCACUACAUCAUGAGCGCCAACUUUGGGAACUUCCCAAAAGGGCCCGAGUUCAAGAGGGUGUUCGACAUUCUCGGCGACGGGAUCUUCAACUCCGACUCCAAUCUGUGGAGUACGCAAAGAAGGGUCGCUCAGGUGUUUAUGAAAGACCAACGGUUCCAUCGGUUCUUGUCGUCGACCACUAGGGACAAGGCGGAGAAUGGUCUGCUCAGGGUGCUCGACGAAUUGUCUCAGAGAGGUGUUACGGUGGAUUUGCAGGAUUUGUUCCACAGGUUCACCUUUGAUUCUGCUUGCAGAUUCGUCACAGGGUUCGACCCCGGCAGCUUGUCCGUUGAAUUCCCAGAAGUCCCAAUUUCCAAGGCAAUGGGUGAUGCCGAGGAGGUGAUUUUCUAUCGCCACUUGUACCCUAAGUGGUUUGGCACUCUGCAGAGGUUGUUGGGGAUUGGAGUGGAGGAGAAACUGAGAAGAGCUUGGGAAGAUGUAGACCAAAUUCUGGGGAAUUACAUAGCGAUGAAGAGAGUUGAACUGAGAGAAGGAACCGGCAAAGUGAAGGGAGAUGAAAAUGGUGCAGAUUUAUUGACAUUUGUAUAUGGCAAUGACAAGUUCCUUAGGGACACGAUUUUGAAUUUCAUGAGCGCGGGGAUAGAAACUACUGGUUCAACUCUCACAUGGUUUUUCUGGGCUCUUUCCAUGAACCCGUCUGUUGAAAUGAGAAUCAGAGAGGAGAUAAGAUCUGUUAUUCCGAAGGAAGAACAAAAUCUUAGGGUUUUCAAUAUUAGCGAGCAUAUGCACAAGAUGGUUUAUUUACAUGGUGCAAUCUGCGAAUCUUUGAGGCUAUACCCACCGGUUCCAUUUCUACACAAGUGCCCUGCAAAUCCUGACGUCCUUCCUAGUGGACACAAAGUUGAUCCCGGUGCGAAGAUAGUUGUCCAUGCGUAUGCAAUGGGGAGGAUGAAAUCAAUAUGGGGAGAGGAUUGUUUGGAAUUUAGACCGGAGAGGUGGAUUUCGGAGAGAGGAGGAAUUAGGCACCAGCCCUCUUACAAGUUCAUUGCAUUUGGUGAUGGACCACGAACUUGUUUGGGAAAGGAUGUGGCCUUCACUCAGAUAAAAAUGGUCACAGCCAUUGUAAUACAUAACUAUGAGGUUCAUGUUGUGGAACAUCACCCUGUGAGACCUUCAAAUUCUGUCAUACUUAACAUGAAACAUGGAUUGAAGGUGAAGCUCGCUAGGCGAAGGCUUUAAGUGGACAAAUGACAAGGAAUGUUAUGGCUAGAAACUGUGUAUCUAUGUAUGCAAAACAUAUCCGAUUAUA